AUGAGUUGGCAACGCCCUGAAAUUGGCUCCAGGCCCAUCCUGGUCCUCGGCGCCGGCGUUCUCGGCCGUCGCAUCGCAUGCAGCUUCGCAGCAGCUGGCUACAACGUCCACAUAUAUGACCUGUCCCCCGAAUGUCGACAGGCCGGCCUCGACUACGUCGAGGGCCAUAAAGAAGAAUUCAACGACGUGCUGCUGAAGACGCGUCGCUCCCAUGGCUCCUGCACGGCGUUCGACUCCCUCAAUGAGGCUGUCAAGAACGCCUGGCUCGUCAUCGAGGCCAUCCCCGAAAAGCUGCCGCUCAAGAUUGAUAUAUACGGCCAGUUGGAUGGCAUUGCGCCCGCUGAUUGCAUUUUCGGAUCGAAUAGUUCUUCGUUCAAGUCAUCGCUGAUGGUGGAAAAAGUUUCUGACGACCGUCGGGCGCUCGUCUGCAAUGUCCAUUACACUAUGCCACCGGAGGUUGCUACCGUUGAGCUCAUGACUGAUGGAUAUACUCAUCCUGAAGUCUUUCCGUUCUUGACGGAAGUGCUGAAGUCGUGCGGUAUGCUUCCCGUCACUGCUAAGAAGGAAUCUACCGGCUUCAUCUUCAACCGUUUGUGGGCAGCAAUCAAGCGAGAAAUUCUUACAAUCCUCGCCGAAGGCGUGAGCGACCCCAGCCAAAUCGAUCUCCUAUGGAAGUACAUGUUCAAGGCCCAAAUCCUCCCCUGCCAGCUCAUGGACCAAAUCGGUCUAGACACCGUCGCCUUCAUCGAGGACAACUACAUCCAAGAGCGCAAGCUCGACGGAACCCUCACCGUCGACUGGCUCAGGGAAAAUUACCUUUCGCAGGGACGAACGGGCGACAAGAGCGGCAAGGGCGGCCUCUACCCACCACCCUCUACGGCGAAUGGCUGCAAUGGAUCAUCCGCGAAGGGGUCCCUUUACGUCCUUGACGUUGGUCUUGGCGCUAACCUCAAAAAUAUCGACGAGGUAGCCACGAAUGGCAAGAUCCUUCGCGUAGAUCCCCGGACUGGCAAAGCAUCCCCCAUUCUCACCGGCCUGCCCAUGCCCGACGGCAUCGAUGUGUCCGAGUCCGAGGGACGAAUCUUCUGGACAAACAUGGGCCCCUCUACAUCCGGCCGCGACGGCUCCGUCAUGUCGAGCAAACUUGAUGGCAGCGACGUAAAGACCCUCGUCCCAUCGGGAGAUAUCUACACCCCCAAGCAGCUCGUGGUUGCAGAGAAGAGCCGCAAGGUCUAUUUCUGUGAUCGCGAGGGCAUGACUGUCAACCGCUGCGACUUCAAUGGUCAAAACCACGAGAUUCUCGUACGGCGCUCGGCAAAAACUGGAGAUGUCGAUAUGACGCAAUGGUGCGUGGGUAUUUCCGUCGACGAGGACGCCGGCAAGAUUUACUGGACGCAAAAGGGACCGAGCAAGGCCUCCAAGGGUCGCAUCUUCCGCGCCAACAUCGAGAUUCCCAAGGGUGAGACUGCGGACUCGCGAUCUGAUAUCGAGACGCUGUUCGAGAACCUGCCCGAGCCGAUUGACUUGGAAAUUGACCCGGCUACCAAGGUGCUCUACUGGACGGAUCGUGGAGAGCAUCCUAGGGGAAGUUCGCUGAACCGGGCGUCUGUCGGUGGAGAGGGUGUUAAGAGGGCGGCGCCUGAGAUUCUAGCUAGGCACUUCCAUGAACCCAUUGGUCUCAGGCUCGACCGCGAUAAUGGCCGGGUGUUUGUGACGGACUUGGGCGGUCGCGUGUACGCGGUUGACGAGGAUACCAAGGAGAAGAAGGUUGUCUACAAGGAUCAUGGCAGUUAUACAGGAAUCACGGUGGUGUAA